UGGGCGGGUAAUUUAAUAUAUCGAAAUCCUGCGUCGGCUCAAAAGUGAAACGUGCACGUGAUUCCCGGUAGUGUGUAGUGGGCGUUUCGGAUUUUCAACUCAAUGGAUAAACGUGCCAAAUAUUCUCAUACGAAUUCGAUGCUCACGACGACGAAUCGAUAAAUAAUCAAUCGGCGGCUAUCAUGCCGGGAGAAUCGUCGCGUCAAAAACACAGGACGGCAACAGAGAAUGGCUAGCCGAUGGCGACAGCUGCCAACAACGCGUGCAAUUUUACGUAUCGCUAACAUAUCAGUGGACGACGCGCGGCGUGGCGCGAUGUGUGGUGUAUUGCAAUGUUUUUCGUCAUAUAAAAAAUACACGGACAUUGUCCGGCGCGAUACGGCAAUCUGCGAGAGCGUCAAAUCCAUCAUCGGCCGUCUACCGGAUAUUACGUGUGACGUACUAACAAAUAUCAAAGGAACAGUCGGCCGAUUUCAUGGCGCCGUACCUUCGACAAAUGUUAUCAGGCAUGUGUGACGUUGAUUAAUGCCUGCGGAGAUCUUGAUCAGUAAACGGUACUUUCACGUAAAAUAAGCUUUCUACAUACGUACCAUAUUCCCUUUAAAUAUGUAUACGUACAUCAUCGAUACAUCAUUUAUACUCUCUUUUAAUUCCAUGAAUUGUAGAUGCGUGCCUUUUUGCACAUUUUUGACGAAAAUAAAUCUCUUGAAAAAGAUUACCUAAGUUUAUGAUAGCACACAUAAAUAAAGGAAAUUUAUUUCUCUCUGAUUUCUAGUGAUAUCCUGUAUAACGUUUGAAGAGAGUAGACAGCGCGUUCAAGAUUAAUAAACCGAAUCGUUGGUCAAAUUUCUUUUUUCCUUUCGUGAAUUCCUCAGAAGACUCAACAGAGAGAGUGUCAGCAUGCCAUCAUAAAAUUUAAAUCCGUCGGGAACGGUGGCGUCAACUAUUCCAUGGUACCGAUCCGGUUUCCGCCAAUGCAGAAGCGCAGAAAGAAACGCGACACGUUCGUAUUGCAAAAGGUCCGCUCCUACUCGCCGACAUGAUUCUAGACCGCUGCUGCAAUCUAUUUUUCAUAUUACUUCUUUCUUAGUUGUCCAUCGUUUUUCUUUAAAUUUUUUAAGAUUUCCUUCAAUUGUCCAAUAAAUCAAGGUCUCCUGAUCUCUUAAUUUGCAGUUAUGCCUUUUUGUCAAUGUUGAAGAAAUUCUUUUCUCGAUUAUACGAUAAUUCGCAUAUAUACAUGUUUUCCUUCCCUUCAAAGCUAAUUUAGUGGGGGCGGUUAUUCUCUAUCUUACUGGAUAAUUGGCCUCUCGUUUGCUCCCCUUAAAAACCAUCGCAAAGAACGACUAUUUUAAAACGAGUCGACCGGUCAGUUAACUGGUAAAUACGUGAAUACGGAGCAUGAACCCAGAAAAAUCCUAUCUUUACCUUUAUGAAAAUGAUGGUCAUGCAAGGAUAUAAGAGAGGAACUACCGAGCGAACUACCGAGGGAAGUAAAACUGGGAUUAUUAAUGAAUAAGCCGAGAGAAGCACGAGCGAGUUUUAUAGCAAUGAUGGAAACGAUUGCGUAAAUAAAACGGGGAUGCGUGUUCUAAUUAUCACGGCUGCAAAACGCUAGUAAACAAAACAAAAACGCAUUUGAAGUAAGAUUGCAUUUCAUGCAAUCACAUAAUUACGCCUCUCCGUGCAGUUUUUUAUUUCUUCUCUGCCUCUUGAACGCAUAAUGUUCUUUAUGGGUGCCAUUAAGUUAGAAAUUAUUCGUGAAAUAGGCGGAACACGUUUACCAAGUUUGAGAAGCAACUUGUUUUUGUAUUCAGAAACUUCAAUAAAACUACGAUAUAGAGCAAAACAGUUUAUUUACUAAACUAAUAGAAAUCUGGAAGUAUUUCUACUAUGUUUUCAUUCCGAAUUCAAUAAAUUCUCGCAAUUUUUGUAACGGUGCUUGGAGUAUUUGAGCAAUUUAGGUGUAGUUGGUUGUAAAUUAAACUAGGUUAGAAAUUAAACAAGGCACUUUUAAUAGAGCGCUAAAAGGUGGUUAUUUAGAAACUCAACAACCACCUGUGAGGAACCAACGGAGAACGUAAUUCCUCAUCUUCCACGGCGUGUAAUUAACAUUAAUUAUCGAGCUGCUUGCUGUGAGCGUGCAGGGGCUGGGAAAUUUCUUAUCCCCCGUAAAUAUACGAGAGCUCUUAGCUGACGGAUCGUGACCUGCCGACGACGAAAUUGGGUGACGACGCGAGCGAACAUCCGGAAAGGCUCGCAAAAGAGCGAAGGAGCAGGAGAGCGUCGAGAAGCGUCGCGACACCGAACUCUAUUGCACUGAAUCGUUUCAAAAGACGUGAGAAUCCGGCUCGCCCAUCAUCCGCCAUAUCACGCUCCUCUUCAGCGUUUCGGACAGUAAUUAGUUGCCGCUUCUGACUUAAAAUAGCGCUGUCAACUCGCUGCUGGCUACUUCCGCAAGUAGAGUCGAAAUAAGAAAAAAAUUGGGUCAUCGUAGAUAAGACGUUACUAUACGCGACCCUUUCCCUUCUGCUUUAAAGAAUUGCGCUUUCAGGAGGGAUCCCUCACCUUCCAUUUGCAUCGAUAGUGCAGGGUACGGUCGAGAGCAGAUACAAGAAUUACGUUGAGAGAAAACAUAGUGAAAAGGGUGCUUAAAGAGAGUAAGUAAAUGAGAGUCCCGAGAGAUCCGUCACGUGGACGGAGAUAUCAGUUCAUCGAACGAAAUCAGGAACUCUCAUUUAGCUUCCUGCGAACGUGCCGUGACUCCUCUCCGCUUUUGCCCUCACCGUUAUUUUAUCUUAAUUAACAUGAACGCAUAGUCGAUCAUUAUAUGACGACAACACGAGUGUUGAGCGUGAAACGUAUUGUGCAGUCUAUGUAGAUUUCUCGGCUGUCGUGCAUUUAAAUAAGUCGCUUAGAAAGGAUAAUAAUCACUCAAAUUGAUGUCAUCCGUCCAUCGACUGCGAACGCAAGAAUUCUAAUUAAAUGUAUUUUGUCCAAUGCAUGCAUGUGAAAUUUCAAUAUAUAUAAGUGUAAUUGUUAUAAAUUGUAUAUAUGGACGAAGAACGCGACGAUUUCUGUAUGUGAAUAAAUUGCUUUAAAGCAUUAACUCAAAACUAGAUAAAUUAUGCAUGGAUUUCAAGUCAUGUACCUGACAAUAUGAAUGGAAAUGCUAAUUGCAGUUCUAAAUAAAAUAGGUGUUAAAGUGGGAAACGCGAAAUACAUAAUAUAAGAAGACCUCACAUCAACGCGGAGGAUUGUUCUCUCUUGAAUCCUUGGCAGUGAGUACGGUAUUUUAAAGAAUCUUUCGUAUAAACGAGAGCUCUUUGGAUACGAUUUCUUAAGGUAAAAUGCAAUAAGUUAGUUAUUUCAUAUUUUACGCACAUAUAAUUUAUGUACUUCUUACUUUUUCUUAUAUGUUAUCUUAUUCUUUUUAUAAUUUUAUACAUUGUCAUUAAAUCUUUGCGCUUUAUCAAUGCAUUUUUCACAUAGCAAUAAGUAGAGAAACAACAGUAUUAUUAGUGACAUGCAAAUGUGUCUACAAUCGCCAAGUGCUACAAAAAAUAAAAAUAGUAUCAUUAUUGCAACAAUUUAAGCGAAGAUAAAAAUGAACUGUAAAAUGUAUUGCUGACCCAUGCUACGAAAUUGUUAUAUUUGUAUAUUUAUACAUUUUUACAUUUUUGAAAUCAAGGUUUAUUUUCAAUUCCUUCAAUCAAUUUAAAUAACGUAUACAAGUACAUUUAAUUUUUUAAUUUAGAGUUGUAGAUUUAAAUAACAUAUAUACAAAUUCUAGCAACGUAUCAUUUUAUGGAUAUUUCGAAAACAUAUCCAUAAAACAUAACACGUAACACGUAUCUCAUAUCAAGAUAGUUGAUAGAUAUUUAAAUUCUAUUCACAGAAUAUCGUUUUUCGAAGAUUUUAUUGCAUUCACACUCGAGCAAUUUAAUAUGACGCGAUCCAAUUUCGACGAAAUAAAAAUCUUCGAUGAUACGAUGAGUGAUAUGGAUAUUAUAAGAACUUUAACCAGUACGGAAUUUCAAGAGAAAGCUUUCUACAUCGUGGAUAUCAAUAAUCUUAUUAAAAAACACCAUGAAUGGCUCAGCAAAAUGCCCAGAGUUAUCCCGCACUUCGGUAUUCCCAUUUUAUCUCUUACAUUUUACGCGUUUGUGUAUCUUUUCCUCACAUUAGAAAUUAAUGGAACGUUCUCCGAAAUUUCAGCGGUUAAAUGUAAUCCGGAUCCAACGGUAAUUAAAGUUCUGGCAAGCUUGAACGGUUGUUUCGAUUGCGCAUCCGAGCAAGAAAUAAGCCAGGUGAUGCAACACGGAGUGUGCGGCGACCGGAUUAUUUUUGCGCACCCAACGAAAUAUCCGUCUCACAUAAUGUACGCCAAGAAAAUGGAUGUCAAGCAAAUGACGGUGGAUAGCGAAAGUGAGCUGUUCAAGAUCAAGGAUCUCUUUCCCGAGGCUAAAAUUAUCAUACGUAUACGCUGUGAUGCGAAGAACACGCCGGUAAUACUGGGUUUGAAAUUCGGCUCCGAACCGGACGAGGAAACCGUACGUUUAAUACAACUUACGAAAGAUCUCGGCCUGAACUUACACGGAUUCAGCUUUCACGUUGGUAGUCCGUGCGGAGAGUUAGAGGCUUACAGCAGGGGGAUCACAUUGUGUAAACAGUUAAUUACCAUCGCCAAGACGAUCGGGUGCGACAACGUGCAGUUGAUCGAUAUUGGUGGCGGAUUUCCGGGGGAUACCGGAACGGAUACUGAUGAGUUCGCUAGUAUCAUCAACGACGCGAUACAGGAUCUUGAUUCCAGUAUAAAAAUUGCAAGUGAGCCGGGAAGUUAUUAUGUGUCAUCCAUUUUUACUUUGGCUUCGUAUCUGCAUUCCAAGAAAGUCAUUCUGAGAAAUGGAGAAAAGAUAAGGAUGUAUUACAUGAAUUGUGGCGUGUUCAAUUCUUUCAUUGAAGAGCUGUUGGGUCUGCGGUCCAGAAUUCCAGAAUUACUUUCCGAGUCAACGACCAAUGAGAAAUUCCUUUCGAGUGUGUGGGGUCCAACCGCCGACUCGUAUGAUUUAAUUGUUAAGGACGUGAUGUUGCCCGAGCUCGAUAUAGGCGACUGGUUAGUUUGGAAAGAUAUGGGUGCUUAUUCUAUUGCCCUUGCCUGUACGUUUAAUGGAUUCCCGAUUCCAGUGACGAUCCCGAUCAUUAGAAAGAGUCAAUGGUUAGUAGGUUUUAUCUUAUCUUGUGAUAAGAAAAAAGUAUAUAUUUUAAUAAUAUGCAAUCUAUUAUUUCUUUUUAUAUUAGAUCAAAAAAUCAAGUCCAGUUUAUAUAAAUUAAAUUGGUUACUUUCGCAGGGAGAAUUUUAAAGAGCAAAUUAAUUCGACGUAGACACCUGCUUUAUUCCACAAAAAAUCCAUCUUAUGAUAAGAUAUAAUAAAAUUAACAAAUUUCUAAUGUUUGAAAUUUUUUAAAAAGAAGAAGAAAUAAUUAAAUAAGUAGGUAAAACUUAUUCAAGUAUAUAUGUGCAUGUACCAACGAACAUUUAAAUAUAAGUAUUUCUACUGAAUUAUGAUUUAAAAAGUUAACAACGUCAACAAAAUUAUACAUAAUAAAGUGUAUGAUUGCAUCAAAGUAACAAAAUAUAAACUCGAAAAAUUAUUUUUUUCUAGUAGUAUCCUGCAUUAAAUGGAUAUUUUUCGUAAAUAUGUAUAUAUUUAUUGCGAUAUACUUACAUAAAGAAGUAAAAUGAAAAUUUAGCUUUAUGUAAUUUCGAAAUAUAUAAGGAGCAUAGAAUUAGACG